UGUCUGUAUAACAUUAAAAAACAAAUAAAGCAUGAGAAAAUUUGAUUGCCCCGUGAAGAUAUUUUUUUUUUUAUAACUGGUCUUGAAGAUAUUAGAAACAAAUAGGCUAUUCAAGAAAAUAGUACUGUUGUAAAAUAAGCUGAUGGGUAAGAGAAGGUUGCAGAGAGAAAAAGAAUCGUCAGUGAGGGCGACGGUAGGAGAAGCUUCAUCUCUGUUGGAGUCUCAGAUGGCAAGGAGACGAAGAGGAAGGCCGAGGAAGAAUCUUGAGAGUCCUGAAAAUUUCAAGAAGGAAGAAGACGAAGAUUACGAGGAGUACGAGGACGAAGAAGAAGAAGAAGAUGAGCAAGUUGAGAUUGUUAACAGAGAGAAACUGAAGAAGAAGAAGGUUAGAAGUAGCCCUAGCGUGGAAGAAGGGCAAAAGUGGAAACUUGAAGAAGUAUCUAAGCCUGAGGAGGAGGAGAAUCCGGAUAUGACGGUGAAGACGGUUGCACCGCUGUCAUAUAGACGGUCCAGGAGGAAGAACACACCGGUGAAAAGCUGGUAAACUUAAUAUCACCAAACCAGGGGAGAGUCUUUGAUAUUGUGUUGUGUGUUCAUGAUUAACUAUCGUUGAGUUAUAAAUUAAUUAAAAACCCUCAUGGAAAGACGACCUUUUAGUUUUUAGAUUAUUGAAUCGGUUAAAUUCAAAACAAGAACACAAGUUUUGGAAAGUUUUAGAUAAUCAAAGCUAUUGUAAUGGGAAAACAAUACAAGUUAGUGGCGAUUUCUGAAAUUAAUUAAAAUUAAUUGUGUCGUAA